GUGCUGGGUUACAGGACACCUAGAAGGCGUUACAGCCCUGUGUAUACACUGCUCUCCUGGCUCAGCACUUUGCACUUGUCCAUCCUUCCAGCAGCAGCAGCCACAAAGUCCCAGCAUGAAGCAGCUCCUGAGCCCAGUGUUGCUGUCUCUGUUUGGCUUCUUCCUGGGGGCCGUUCAUGGGACCCACUAUAGGAUGUACGGAUACCCACCGGCCAGAAACUACAAUAUGCGCCCAAUAGUCUAUGGCAGCACAGUGUUGCCCCUUUCUAGGCCAAUGCUGUUAAACAGCCCUCCAUAUACAACCAACGUCCGAUACAAGCCAGAGCCCAAGACUCUCCAGGUGACGCAGCCUACAGAACGUGCUUGCAAGAGUCGGCCCAUGGACUUGGUGCUCAUCAUAGACAGUUCCCGUAGUGUGCGUCCCCAGGAAUUUGAGAAAGUCAAGAUAUUCCUCUCAGACAUGAUUGAAACCCUAGAUACUGGCGAAUAUGCAACGCGUGUAGCGGUAGUAAAUUACGCCAGCACUGUCAAAACUGAGUUCUAUCUCAACACCUACUUCAAUAACGCAGAAAUGAAGAAGGCAGUUUCCAUGAUCUCUCCUCUAUCCACCGGCACUAUGACAGGGCUAGCCAUUCAGACUGCCAUCGAGGAGGUGUUUACUGAGAAGGCAGGAUCACGAAGGGCAGCGCUCGGGAUUCCAAAGGUGGCAAUCAUUGUUACUGAUGGAAGACCUCAGGACAGGGUACAAGACGUUGCUGCAAGAGCACGUGCCAUGAAUAUUGAGAUCUACGCUGUUGGAGUUGACAGGGCAGACAUGAAGUCUCUAAGGCUGAUGGCCAGCGAGCCUCUGGAUGACCAUGUCUUCUACGUGGAGACUUAUGGUGUCAUUGAGAAGCUUACCCUAAAGUUCAGGGAGAGUCUAUGUGGUAUAGAUGCAUGUUCAAUGGGCAGACACGACUGUGAGCACAUCUGUGUCAGCAAGAAGGAUUCCUACUUCUGUAAAUGUCGUGAUGGAUACACCCUAAAUCCAGACAAGAAAACAUGCUCACGUAUUGACAUUUGUGCAUUGGGAAGACAUGGCUGUGAGCACAUUUGUGUAUCAUCUGAUGGUUCCUACACCUGCAAGUGUCGUAAUGGAUACACACUGAAUCCAGACAAGAAGACUUGUUCACAGGAAGUUCGAAGAGUUGUUCAAGUAGAAGAUCCCUGCAAGUGUGAAGCCCUUGUUGCUUUCCAGAGGAAAGUCAAUACACACAUCGAGUCACUGACUUCAAGACUAGAACAACUCACAAGAAAAUUGCAAACCUAUGAAAGAAGACAAUGAGGACACUAAGCGACUGCCAAUGGACGUCCAUUUGUUGUGCAAUACUCUAGGUUUCUGCAUUGUCCUCUACGUAUAUUGCAGGAAUGGUUUUCUGAUAUUUGAGUAGAGGGACUUUUCAGAAAUACAGAGCUAUGAUGGAAGUGAAUUACGUAAUACUAUUGAGCAAAUAUGAUAUUCUCUCUGCCACUUCCUCUUUGAAACAAUCUAUUAUCUGUAAAUUGAUAUUCAACACAUUUUUUAGCUUU